AUGCUGAAAAAAUAUCGAGAUGUCAUUGCAGAACAAGAGAGGCGAGGGUUUAUUGAAAAAGUUCAAGAGAAAGAGAUCCAGAUGACAAGGCCAAUCCAUUACUAUCCACAUCACCCUAUUAAGAAAAAUUUCCCAACUACGCCUAUAAGAAUUGUAAACGACUGUAGCUGCCGUAAAACGCCACACCAUGCAAUCCUGAAUGAUUGCCUACAGUGCUCAUCCCCAAUCUUCAGAGGAAUGGUUCGGUUCGAGCAGCUGAAAUUUGCUUUAGCAAUGGACUACAUCGACCCUACAAGAUUUGAUGACAACAAAAAUGAUUCUUCACAAAAUAACGAAAAUGACGAUUCUAACCCUGUCGAAAAUGACAUUGAAAUGCCGGAUUCUGCAAUGUCAAAAGCAGCUUCUACUGAAACUGAAGGCCAGACUUUUUACCAAAUACUGCAAAGGCUUGGACUGACAGACAAAUUUCCUGGUAAAAUAUCUAUGCGAGAUGUCAUAGCAGUUGAUCCAAACGAAAGCAUUGAGCAGAUAAAUGAUAAGUUAUCAUUUACUGAUAUUCCUUGGUUGGUUCUGAAACGACUGAUGUGUGCUCAUAGUGAAUCUAGAGACAUCAGAGUGCCAGAAGAAAAAAAUAAUGAAGAUAGUUCUAACUUUGAGGACUCAAUAUCUUGUUUUUCGGAAAUACUAGAUGUCAAUGAAGACAUCAGUCCACUAGAUAUAUUCACUGUUGUUUUUCAAUGUUGUGAUCCAUUUUUGAAACAAAUAUUUGUUCAGAAACAAUAUCUUUGCAAACUUGCUGUACCUUUUUUGUAUAGGAAUUGGGACACAAACCAAAAGUACUGCCCAGUACUCUCUGUUUGGCCAUUGCGUUCCCUAGCCAUAGAAAGUAAAAGUAAUGCCAAUAAAAAUGAAAUGCAGGGUAGGGAAAGUGAUGUCCUUGAUCUUCAAACAAAGGUGGUAGCAUUUGGAAGGUUAGGUCGCCCUCGCUAUUCCAAAUCAAAAUUGAUUAAUAGUCUUCUUUCAGGUCAAGGUUGUAAAACGUUUUUUAGUAUUGACUGUCCCUCUGGAAUGACACCAAGGCAACUAAGUAAUGGACAGGUUGAAAUGUUUUGGUUGCCUACCAUCGAUGAAAGAAAGGAUAGAUUUCAGGAUGCUAUGACAUUUUUUAACUUGAGAGGUGAUCUAGGCCAAGACUUUAGUCAAGACAUUUCAUAUUUCAUCUCACACUUAAUAGACUCUAUUCUGAAAACAAAUAAAACAAUGUCUUUAGAAGACAGAUUGUCAAGUGCAAAAGUAGCAACGGUUAAAUUGGACGAAGAUGAUCCGGUUUGUCAACAAGGCAUGCAGGAAGCUACUGUAUUGAUCAAACAACUGAGGAAAGAAGGUAACGGUGAACCUUGUGGUUUGAAACAACGCUUAACACCUGUCCAUGGGAAAUUAACAAAGCAAUUAGGAAAACUUUUAAAAGAAAGAGAACGAGAGAGAGUCCGUACAGAAGUAGACAAUAUUGAUAAUAAAAUUAAAACAGUGAGACGAGAACAAAUAGAAUCGAUUACAAAAUCUGUUCGAUGUUUUCUUGACAUUCUUAUUGAAAACAACGGUUCCCCCUUAGUAAUUGAAUAUUUUCUUUGUUGGUUACAUAUUUUUAUUGAAAGAGAAAAGCGGCAAAUAUUACCCCGCUUGAUGCAUGCAAAUCGAAGUGCAUGGGAAAAACUAAAAGCACUUAAAAGUGCUAAAAAUCAGGUUAAAGAGGAAAUAGAAAAUCAAGAAACUACUAUAACCGAUCUAGAAAAAAAUAUAGAUGAUGCAUCAUUUGCAGUUCAACAUUUCUUUCGUGAAAUAGGUCACAUAUAUGAAGCUAUUUUAGAACUUAAAGAAGACACAGAAAAAUUGAGAUUGCCAAAUGUACACCAAAUAUCAAGUAUUAUAGCUCGUCUUGUUGCUCAUGGACACCAAUUAGAGCUAAUUGAUGGUGAAAGCUUUUAUAUGCCUUACAAUUGGAUAAAAACAGUCCUGCAAAAGGUUGACAUAUGUAUUGAGUCCAGUAAAGUUAUGACACUAGGCGUUUUAGGUCUACAAAGUUCUGGAAAGUCAACUCUAUUGAACACGAUGUUCGGAUCUCAGUUUCCAUCAAGAACCGGUAGGUGCACUAGAGGAAUACAUGUUCAGCUCAUUCCUACAAAAAAUGAAACAAUGUGCAAUUUUUCUUCCGUGUUUAGCUAUGUACUUAUUGUGGACACAGAAGGCCUUAGGUCACCUGACUUAAAUCAUAUGCAGCAUGAACAUGACAAUGAAUUGGCUACUGUAAUAACCGGUGUAGGUGAUAUCACAAUGUUAAAUAUAAUGGGAGAAAAUACGAGCGAAAUACGGGAUAUUCUGCAAGUGAUUGUCCAUGCCUUUCUGAGAUUGAAAAUGACAAAUCAAAAAUUAGAUAUCAGGAAAAGUUGCGCAUUUAUACAUCAAAAUGUCACUGACACGUCCGCAUCAGAAAAUAUGGUAAGUGGAUUAAGCAAAUUGAUACAGACUUUGGACGAGAUGACAAGCGAAUCGGCGAGAAGUGAAGGAAUACUUGAUAUUACUACCUUUAACCAGGUUAUUGAAUUUGAUAUUAAUAAUCAAGUCUGGUAUCUGAAGAAUUUAUGGCAAGGGAAUCCACCUAUGGCGAGAGUAAAUAAUGAAUACAGCGAAACAGUAGAGGAUAUAAAAUGCAAAAUUUUGAAGAAGGCUUUGACAAUGAAGAACAAAUCUUACAAAUCAUUAAACGAUAUAAUUGAACAAGCACAUAGUUUAUGGAAGGGUGUUCUCAAUGAAGAUUUUGUUUUCUCUUUCAGAAAUAGCCUUGAAAUAAAGGCUUAUAUGGAAAUGGAGUCGUUUGUUCAGGCUGAACUUUGGCGGCUUGAAAGCCUUACUCUUACAUGUCAAGGAAAGCAUGAAGAGGAGCUUAGAAAAAGAUCGAUGGAAGUUGCAAAUCAGUACAAAGGUCUCCUAGAUAGCGAUAAAAUAAAUCAGCUGUUUAAUAAAAUUUGGGACACAUUUCUCAUAAAGGUUCAUACUUCUCCAACAAGUACAGAGAAACGCAGACAAAAAAUGAAAAUCAUAUUUCGAACAUGCCUUGACACUAAAUUUUUUAGAGAAAAUCACGCUUUGCUUAAGGAAGCUUUGAAAGAAUCUGGCGAUUUAACACCAUUACAAAAUGUGAAACAAUUAGCUAACUCGUUUAGUGAAACAGGUAUAAAUAAUACAGAUAUAAGCUCUACAUUUGUACAAAAGGCAAAAUCAGCAGUUAGAUGGUCCAAUACAAUGAAAUAUGUCGAAGACAGAGUUAACCAAAUAUUUGCGUCAGUUGAUGGAAAAAUUAAAGAGCUUUGCCAAGUUGAUGAUGAAGUAACAGAAAUGUCUGUUAACAAAUUAAUGCAUGAGCUUGACUCUAGCAUACAAGCAAUCUUAACAGGAGAAAGUAGAUUUGAUUUCAAAAAGACAUUUUAUAUAAAAAUCUAUGUACAUGUUAGUAGACACGUCCAUCCAGUGUUCGAAAGUCAUAAUGACAAGUAUUUCAAAACGCAUGGCGCUGCAAUUCUUCUUGAAAAAUAUAGAGAACAACAGAAAAUAAGUUUUGAAUCUCAUUUGCGAUGCCGCCAAUUUGAAGAUAUAGUCGCAAACCUUUUUGCUAAUGUCAUACAAAGUUUUGCAGAAGAAUGGACAUCUCAAAGUAUGUCAAACAGAGUAACGGAUGAACUACUGUCGCUUCUUCCAGACGUAAAAAAUAGAGUUAUAAUUGAAAUAUGCAGUGAUCUUUUGGAGGAAGGAAACUUUGAAAAUUUUGUCAAAUACAUAGUGGAUCCACAUAUGUAUGCCAGUUCAUGGAUAACUGAAAAGGCAAAUCAGUAUCUCGAUAAUCCAAAGUUUCCUGUAAUUGCUAGGACUGCAUCCUCGUUGCUUAAAAAAUUGUUCGGCACUGUCAGUUAUUGCGUACAAGAGGUCAAAACAAAAUAUGAUGGGAAAUCUCCGCCUUCUAUUAAAAUGUGGUUAGAAUCUUUUCAAUUCUUUAUGAAAUCGUCUGAUUGCUGUAUUCCAUCUGAAAGUUUCCGGAAUGUAAGGCAAGAAACAUCGUCUAAUAUACAAAAUGUGGAAUACUUAACAACUACAAUUUUAGAUCAUUUGAGCAAAUCUGAAGAGAAAGUUGCUGCUAAAUUCAAAUCACAAACGAGUCAUUCAAUAACAUGGGCAAGUUUUAAUCCCAUAUCCCGCAUAAUUAAGAAAAUAUGGGGAUGCGAAGAACAAUGCAUAUUUUGUGGAGAACCAUGUGCAAAGAGUCAGGAUCAUGGGGACUCUAAUCAUUAUAGUAUACAGCAUCGCCCUUCAUGUUGCAGGGGUAUUCGUAACUCUGACACAAAAGAGGCAUUUUUAGAAUCAUGUGAGUUUGAUAUUCAGUCAAACAAAACACAUAAGUGCUCAGUUUUCAAUUACAUUUGUGAUGCCGAAGAAAGAAAAGGAUGUGGUAUAAACCACUUAUACAGGGACUACAAAACGUACCUUCCAAAUUGGGACAUUGCACCAACGUCUGACAUGCAUGACUCAUCUAAAUAUUGGAUGUGGUUUGUAGCGACAUACAAAGAUGAACUUAAAAAUCAUUAUGAUUAUAAAAUUGAUCAUAUUCCUUCUUCAUGGAGUAGUAUUAAAAAAUCAGAGGCAAAACAGAGUCUGCAUAAAAUAUACUCUGCUUAA